UUACAUGAUUAUUAGAGGAUCUCAAAUUUUCAUGGUUAUUUGUAAAUAAUAAAUAUUGUGAUAAUUUAUUUUUUAUUCUUUUAAAUGUUUGUAGUGCUUGUAGUGCUUUGUAGAUUUGUACAGUUGAACUGAAGACCACUGAACCCUUGAGUAUUCGGAAUUUCGGAAGUAUUUCAAUGGUUUGUUUUUAUAGCUAUUAAAUUAUUAAAUUCAUUAUAAUUAACUACAACCAUGAUACAUUUAUUUAGUGUCAUAUAAUACCAUAGUUAUAUUUUAUAUCGGUAUGAAAGAGAAAGCUAUUUUGGUUAAACAAAACCCAAUACUGAAAGUAGUCAUUUUGGGAAAUAGUAAUGUUGGAAAAUCAUGUCUAAUGAACAGAUUUGUAAGUAACAGUUUUAGUGACCAUACGCUUCAUACAUUAGGCGUAGAAUUUCUUCAAAAGGACCUCGAUGUCAAUGGAAUCGUAUAUACGUUGCAGAUCUGGGAUACUGCUGGACAAGAAAGAUUUCGUACAUUACGAACACCUUUUUAUAGAGGAACUGACAUUUGUUUGCUAACGUUUGCUGUUGAUGAUGACCAAAGCUUUAAAACUAUAGAUUCGUGGAAAAAAGAAUUCUUACAAUAUUCCAGGACAACUGAUGGGAAUUUUCCGUUUAUUGUUGUUGCUACAAAGGUAGACCUACAAGACCGAGUAGUUUCUAAAGAUGAAGCAGACAAAUGGUGUUCAGAAUAUCUGAGUGCUCCUUAUGUUGAAACUAGUUCUAAAACAGAUAUGAAUAUAGAGACUGCAUUUACUUUAGCUGUUGAAGUUUGGGCUUCAACAGAAAGACCCUCCGAGUUAAAAAUAUCACAUACAAAUUUAGUUAAAUUAUCUAGACCAAUUAAUGGUAACGCUGCUUGUCCUACAGCUGAAAUAGUAUCACCUAAGUGUUGUUAAAACUAUUUGAUGCAAUAACUUAGUGUGUUUUAGUAUACAAUUUUUGUAACAACGAUAUAGCAAUAAAUUAGAAAUAUGUAUUACAUAUCAUUUUAUUUUUUAUAAAAUUAAUUUUUGAGGUAAAUCCAAAAUAAAAUGUUAAAACUAUCGA